GAGCGGCUCUUGGGAGAUGCAGCCAAGAACCAGGUGGCCAGCAAUCCGACCAACACUGUCUUCGAUGCUAAGCGUUUGAUCGGAAGGCGCUUCGAUGAUCCGAUCGUGCAGGCCGACCUAAAGCUCUGGCCUUUCAGAGUGGUCUCCGACGGCACGAAGGACGACAAGCCGCUGAUAGAAGUGCUUUACCAGAACGUCGUGAAGAAGUUUCAUCCAGAAGAGAUUAGCUCUAUGAUCCUCACGAAAAUGAAGACGACGGCUGAGGCAUACCUUGGACAUCGCGUCAAGGAUGCGGUGAUCACAGUCCCAGCGUACUUCAAUGACGCCCAGCGCCAAGCAACGAAGGAUGCAGGCGAGAUCGCAGGCAUGCGGGUCUUAAGAAUCGUGAACGAGCCGACAGCUGCAGCCAUCGCGUAUGGUUUGGACAAGGACUCGGCCGAAGGAAAGAAGCCGGACAAGGAGACGAACAUACUUGUGUUCGACAUGGGCGGCGGUACCUUCGAUGUGUCUGUUCUUGCCAUCCAG